UUCAGUUUGCUUAGUUACGGGCACGGCACAGGUAUGAAUUUCUUUCUGGGACUCAUUGUUGGGAGUGUUCUUCUUGGAUCUGUGGCUUUGGCCCAGAAUCCCCUUCAGGAUGCCUACUACAUCAUCCACUCGUACCAUCGGAUGUACGAAGGGACAAAGGACAACGUUCGCUUCUACAUGGCUGAUACCUCACGAAAUAUCCUGGAUGAUUGUAUGGAAAUUGUUGCAUCGGAAAUUGAAUCGUGGAACAAUCGAGCAGCAACAUGCAAGAAUUGGUCACCACGCAAUACGGAGGCUAUUGGGAAUGCUCUGAGGGAUUGUGCCAUGCAAGCCAGUCAGACAGUCUAUGACAUCCACAAUAAUGUCUACGAGGAGUUGGAAGCAAUGCAGGAGGAAUCUGUGCAGCUGCAAUUCGCCGUUGUGCGCCAUUUGCGCAACUUCAAUAUUCUUGAGGACUAUGCGGAUUUCGUGGAGGACUUCCAAUCUGUCGUGAAUGUGGCUUAUGAUCGUCUUGAGCAUCACUUUGUGCCACGCCUGGAGGAUGCUCUUGAGCCCAUCCUUGAGGCUGAAAGUACUCUGCCGCAGCAAACUCAGACCUGUGUCAAUGCUAUUUCACGCAAAUUCAGGAGCUUGUGCUGAGAAAAUUUCACACAAAAAUCCAAAAGAAUUUAACAAAUAAAUUCCAAUAAACCUCUAAAAAAA